AUCCAAAAACUACAAGAAAAUUCACCAGUAAAACACCAAAAGACCCAAAAACAAUCCAAAUUCAAGAAAACUUGAAGAGCAUAUCAAAAAACCAGAAGACCAGGAGACCACAAGAAAUUUCACCAAAAAUCAUUGAAAGAAAAUUACCAGAAAAGCUGGAAGAUCAGGAGAGACUACAAAAAAUCUUACAAGAAAUCGUCGAAAGACCUAAAAACAAAGAAAAUUUAAUUACUAGAGACCAGAGGAGAUCACAAGAAAUUUCACCAGAAAUUGACGAAAGACCUGAAGACAGAAAAUUAAUUAGUAAAAUCCAGAAGAACAGAAAAAACCCAACAACACAAUUAAAAUUACCAGAAAGCCGGAAGACUAGGGGAGACCAUAAGAAAUUUCAUAAGAAAAUUGCUGAAAAGCCUGAAGACAAAGAAAAUUAA